CCCAUCGCCCCAGGGCUGUGGUGGAUUCGCCACCGCAGGGGAUUUUCACCCCGGGAUGGGAGGUUUUCCGAGAUCGGUGCGACUUCCAGCCGGCUGUAACUCAGGGCAGCCCCCCGCCUGGCCUGGCAGCCGCCCUAGACGAGUGCAUGGAGGCCAUGAACGCCUUCCUCUGCAACCAGUUCAGCGAGAGCCUGGAGAAGCUGCAGCCCAGGACCAAGGAGAGCAUGUACCACGCCCUGGUCUACGCCACCAUCCUGGAGAUGCAGGCCAUGAUGACCUUCGAGCACGAGGACAUUGUGCAGGCCGGGCAGACCAUGAAGGAGGCGCAGGAGAUUUGCCAGAGGUUUCGGAGGAAAUCCAGUGUGACUGGCUCCCUCUCCGGCCUGGUCAGCAAGGCGGAUUCGUUCACCGAGGUGGAGCUGCACGCCGAGGUCUGCUACGCGGAGUGUCUACUGCAGCGGGCGGCCCUGACCUUCCUGCAGGACGAGAACAUGGUGAAUUUCAUCAAGGGGGGGAUCAAGGUACGGAGCAGCUACCUGAUCUACAGGGAACUGAGCAGUUUCAUCCAGUCCAGUCACUGCACAGCAGGUGCUGCCCACGUACACUUGGAGGGAGGGGUGGCGCUGGGCAUCGGCGCCUUUAAUCUGACGCUCUCUCUCUUCCCUCCGCGGAUCCUGAAGCUGCUGGAAUUCGCUGGGUUUUCGGGGGACAAGGAGUACGGGCUGCAGCAGCUGCACGAGGGAGCGACCACGUUGAACCUGCGGGCCCUGCUCUGCACCAUGCUGCUCCUCUGUUACUACACCUUCCUCACCUUCAUCCUGGGGAUCGGGGAGGACGAUUUCACGGAAGCCGAGAGCCUGCUGAGACCCUACCUCCUUCGCUACCCCAAGAGCGCCAUCUUCCUCUUCUUCGCUGGCAGGAUAGAGGAGAUCAAAGGGAACAUCAGUGAGGUAAGAGACCCCUCGCCUGGGGGACCCCCUCACAGAGCCAGGCUAUGGGACAGGAGUCUCAGCUGGAAACGUGGUGCUGGCUUCCGGCAGAUCUAA